GGACUCUCGGAUCUUGGCCCGGGGCCCAGACUUCACCCCAGCCUUCGCUGAUUUUGGAAGACAGGUCCCCAGCGGACGGGGUAGCGCUGCCUGCAAAGUGCAGCCCCCACCCGGACUCCCCUCUGGCACGCGAUGUGGCACCCAGCAUGCCCUUUGUUGGUCUCGUCUCACCCGCAGCUGAGGAACCUGCAGAUAGGGCUGCUGAAUGUCGGGCCGCGGAGAUCUCAGCCGGGCCAGAGGAGGGAGCCCAGGAAGAUCAUCACAGUUUGCGUCAAAGAGGACGUCCAUCUGAAGAAAGCUGAGAAUGCCUGGAAGCCGAGCCUGAAGAGGGAGACCCAAGUGGAGGACCCCGAGAACAUCAAAACCCAGGAGCUGUUCCGCAAAGUCCGCAGCAUCUUGAACAAGCUGACCCCGCAGAUGUUCAACCAGCUCAUGAAGCAAGUGACUGACCUGACGGUGGACACGGAAGAGAGGCUCAAAGGGGUCAUCGAUCUGGUGUUCGAGAAAGCCAUUGACGAGCCCAGCUUCUCCGUGGCCUACGCCAAUAUGUGCAGGGGCCUGGUCAUGCUGAAAGUGCCCAUGGCCAACAAGCCUGACAGCACAGUCAACUUCCGCAAGUUGUUGCUGAAUCGUUGUCAGAAAGAGUUUGAAAAAGACAAGGCUGACGAUGACGUCUUCGAGAAGAAGCAGAAGGAGCUGGAGGCCGCCACCACUCCAGAGGAGAGGACUCGGCUUCACGACGAACUGGAGGAGGCCAAGGACAAGGCCCGAAGGCGGUCCAUCGGCAACAUCAAGUUCAUCGGGGAGCUUUUCAAGCUGAAGAUGUUGACAGAAGCCAUCAUGCAUGAUUGUGUGGUGAAGCUGCUGAAGAACCACGACGAGGAAUCCCUGGAGUGCCUGUGUCGCCUGCUGACCACCAUCGGCAAAGACCUGGACUUUGAGAAGGCCAAGCCUCGAAUGGACCAGUAUUUCAAUCAAAUGGAGAAAAUUGUGAAGGAAAGAAAAACCUCCUCCCGCAUUCGCUUCAUGCUGCAGGAUGUCAUUGACCUUCGGCAGUGCAACUGGAUAUCCCGAAGGGCAGAUCAAGGCCCAAAGACCAUCGAGCAGAUUCACAAGGAAGCUAAAAUAGAGGAGCAGGAAGAACAGCGGAAAGUCCAACAGCUGAUGACCAAAGACAAGAGGCGGUCGGGUGUCCAGAGAGUGGAAGAGGGAGGCUGGAACACUGUGCAGGGGGCAAAAAAUAGCCGUGUGCUGGACCCCACCAAGUUCCUUAAAAUCACCAAGCCCAGUAUAGAUGAGAAGAUCCAGCUUGUGCCUAAAGCCCAGUUGGGCAGCUGGGGAAAGGGCAGCAGCGGUGGAGCCAAGGCCAGCGAGAUCGAUUGUUUACGACCAAGUGCCACUAGCCUGAACCGCUUCUCCGCGCUGCAAGCGCCUGCGUCGACUGUCUCCGGCACUACCCUGGAGCUGGAUCCUCGCAGAGCCUUGACCAGUCGGGGAAGCACCGGCCGAGAGAAGAACGACAACAAGCUGCCGCCCUCGGCUGCUUCCCGUCCCAACGCCUUCCUGAGGCUGAGUAGCGGCAGCAAAGAGCAGCUCUUGGACAACCAGGCGCAGGAGGAGCAGCGGAGGGAGAUGCUGGAGACCGUGAAGCAGCUGACGGGCGGCCUGGAAAGCGAUCGGAACAGCACGGAGGUGGAGAAGAGCAAAACCAGGGAGGCAGUCAAGUCUGAAGCCCCUGCUCCUCACCCGCAAGAAAAGCCGGGCUUGUCAGACGAAGAAAUUGAAAGGAAGUGCAAAUCAAUCAUCGAUGAAUUCCUGCAUAUUAAUGAUUACAAGGAAGCCGUGCAGUGCGUGGAGGAGCUGAAUGUGCCUGGCAUCCUGCCGGUGUUCGUGCAAGUCGGUGUAGAAUCCACCCUGGAGAGGAGUCAGAUCACCAGAGACCACAUGGGCCAGCUGCUCUAUCAGCUGGUACAGUCGGAGAAGCUCAGCAAGCAGGACUUCUUCAAGGGGUUUUCGGACACCUUGGAGACCGCCGACGACAUGGCUAUCGAUAUCCCCCACAUCUGGUUAUACCUGGCUGAAUUGGUGACGCCAAUGUUAAAAGAAGGAGGCAUCUCUAUGAGAGAACUUGUGAUAGAAUUUAGUAAACCUUUACUUCCUGUGAGAAGAGCCGGUGUUCUGCUUUCCAAAAUAUUGCACCUUCUAUGCAAACAAAUGAGCCAUAAGAAAGUGGCAGCCUUAUGGAGGGAGGCUGGCCUCAGCUGGAAGGACUUCCUACCUGAAGAGGACGACGUCCACGCCUUUCUCCUGGAGCAGAAGUUGGACUUCACAGAAACUGACAGUCCCAGUUCCUCAGAAGCACUUUCCCCGAGAGAACUCUCUGCCGAAGAGCUGAACAGGCAGCUGGAGAAACUCAUUGUUGAGGAAGAAGCCGGUGACGAGCAGAUCUUUGACUGGGUAGAGGCUAAUCUAGACGAAAGCCAGAUGAGUUCACCUACAUUCCUUAGAGCUUUAAUGACGGCCGUUUGCAAAGCAGCUGUUCUAGUGGAUAGCUCUAGCUUGCGAGUGGAUACUACCGUUAUCAAGCGGAGAGUGCCCAUCUUACUCAAGUACCUAGACUCGGACACCGAGAAGGAACUACAAGCACUUUAUGCACUGCAGGCAUCAAUAGUAAAACUUGACCAACCUCCUAAUUUGUUACGGAUGUUUUUUGACUGCCUGUACGACGAGGAGGUGAUAUCAGAGGAUGCCUUCUACAAAUGGGAAAGCAGCAAAGACCCGGCGGAGCAGAAUGGGAAAGGCGUAGCGCUCAAAUCCGUCACCGCGUUCUUCACGUGGCUACGAGAAGCCGAAGAAGAGUCUGAGGAUAAUUAAAACUGAAUAUACAAAAAAAAAAGAAAAGAAAAAAACAAAACAAAAAACAAUUUAAGUAUUUUUUUUAAAAAAAAGUUUCAUGUCUUCGCCAAUCACAGUGCAGCAAGGCCAAUAACUCGCGCAGAAUCCCCUAUCCCCACGUGUGCACGAGUGGGGGAGAGGCAAAAAAUAAAUAAAAAAUAAGUCACACACGCAAAGGCGAUCAUGGAGGACAAAAAGUACUUGAAAAUUCAAGUCCAACGCAAACCUGAGGGGCAGGAGCACUAAAACCAAAAUACAUCUAUUAUUUAUAGAAACUAUUUUCUGUUUUAAUCUUUUUUUUCCUUUUCAUUUUUUAAACAAGGACUCAAUACUUUAAGAAGAACAAAACCUGUUCAGACAACAACAACAAACAAAAAAACAAAACCUCAGAACUAUAAUUUAUUAUUUUCAAGAACUGCAAAUGUCAGUGUAAUUUUUAAAUUUGCAGUUUCUGUAACAAAUUGUAUGAUAGACAAAAAAAGAACAAAAGCAGAGAAAUAAAUUUCCCUCCCUUUCAGA